GCCAUAAAUGUGUUGACGGAGGCGGUUCGGUUUGUUCCCAUCGUGGCGCUGCUGGCAGACUGUUGUUUGUGAGGUGAACUAACUUUUGUCCUCAGGAGAAGUGAUUCAACCCAGCCGGGAUAAACUUCAGGUCCAACCAGCGUCGGAGAAGCGGAACCAUGUCGGCCUCAGCGGCUAAAGCGAGCAGGAAGGAGAAUUCAAACCACGACGGAGCGGACGAGACCUCCGAAAAAGAGCAGCAGGAAGCGAUCGAACACAUCGAUGAAGUACAGAAUGAAAUCGACAGAUUAAACGAACAGGCGAGUGAAGAAAUUUUAAAAGUAGAGCAGAAGUACAACAAAUUACGCCAGCCGUUCUUCCAGAAGAGGUCAGAGCUCAUAGCCAAAAUCCCAAACUUCUGGGUCACGACGUUCGUCAACCAUCCACAAGUUUCGGCUCUCCUGGGGGAGGAGGAUGAAGAAGCUCUGCAUUAUCUGUCCAAGGUGGAGGUCACAGAGUUCGAGGACAUCAAGUCUGGAUACAGAAUAGAUUUUUCCUUUGACGAGAACCCCUACUUUGAGAACAAAGUUCUCUCCAAAGAGUUUAACGUCAACGAGGGCGGAGAUCCGGUCUCCAAAUCCACUGAGAUCAAGUGGAAAGCUGGGAAGGAUCUGACCAAACGCAGCGGCCAGACGCCGAACAAAGCCGGCAAGAAGCGUCAGCACGAGGAACCCGAGAGCUUCUUCACCUGGUUCUCCGACCACUCAGACGCCGGCGCCGACGAGCUGGGAGAGGUGAUCAAAGACGACAUCUGGCCCAACCCGCUGCAGUACUACCUGGUCCCUGACAUGGAGGAUGAGGAAGGUGAGGAUGACGAAGAGGAGGACGAGGAAGGCCUGGAGGACAUCGAUGAGGGGGAGGAAGAUGAGGGUGAAGAUGAAGAUGGAGAAGGGGAAGAUGGAGAGGACGACGGGGAAGACGACUGAGGCUCCGGCCGGCGCCGCCCCCCCGCUGACGGCGUCUGGGGGGUCCAGUUUGUUUAGGAGGGAGGGGGUUUUGUAAAAAACUUAUUUUUGUUUCUAAUAUUUUCCUCCUGUGUCGUCGACCCGUCCGGCCCGGCUCGGUGGGACCGGGUCCGGCCGGCCGGCGCCGGACUCCCCGCCAUCGUUCCUCCGUCUUCAGACACGCCAGAUAAAGUUUGUAGCAUUCUGCACGCCAUUUCCUGUAGAUUAAGACGCGUCGUUAGCAGUGGAGACGGUUCUGUUGUGUUCUAAAAUCAGCCGUGGUGCCGUGAGAACGUGUCAUCUAGCAUCUUUAACCACUUUUCUAUAUAUAUUAAUGUACCGGGGGGGGCAGACCAAGCAGCACCAGCGCGUUCCUCUCAGUCUCUGUAAAUGUGUCCGCUCACAAACCCGCUUUCCCCUCAAACACAGAACUUUUUGUCUGUUUUAAACGAGAACCCAAACCCGCAGAGGAAGAAGUUCUGGACUCGGCUUCAGGAAAGAUCGGAUUGGAUCCUGAAAGAAAUUGACGAUUAGAAGUUCUGGUGACCAAAAGUGCAGAUCCGGCGCUGAAUCUGUUGGUCCAAAACCACCAGACGUGUAGUUGCAUCAGCUGUUCUGGACGGACCGGGUUCUGACGGAACCGUUGGACUCCGGCCCGUUCACAGAUGUCCUGUUGUUAAAUAUGUCCCGCCUCACUGGAAGUGACUUUUAUAAUAAACCAAUAUGGCUGAACCAAA